AUUGGUCAUCUUCAACCCUUUUAUCGGAGUAGAAGUGUUUGUUCGGUACAAGAAGCAUCAGAUGAGCAACAUCUCUCACAUGUGCUCCAGUCCAUUGCUCUUGCUGUGUGUUCCCCUGUUCAGUAUGCCCAGAGUACCAAACAUUUUGUUAUCAAUAAG